CAAACAAUAAUAGAGUCAUUGAAAAAAAUAAAUAAAUAAAUAGAUAAAAACAAUAAAAUAAAAAAGUAGUUGAAUUACGUAAUUAAGAAUAAUCUAAAAGAAAUUCAGCAAAUCUGGAUGAAAAGAAGGAAAAAAUGAUCGCCGCCUCAGAUCCACAGGAUUAUACACCAGGUGGACGUGAAACGUAUCGCCGGCAUCCUGGUUCUGUGAUUCAUCAACAGAAUCAAUUAAAUCCACAAGAAAAUGAUAGUGUAUUAUUUAAAAAAUUUAGUCAAGUAAAUAUAACAGAUAAAUCAGUUAAAGAAUUUUGGAUAACUCGUGAAAAUGAUAAAUUUGGUGAAGAAGAAUUAUAUUGUUGUGGUAAAGUUGCAAUUCAUUCAAAAGGUACACAAUCAACAAGAGUCCUACAAACAUCAUAUACAUGUGACACAGAUAUUAAACAUGCAUUGUGGUGUAAUUUUACAACAACAACAACAGAUAAAAUAAUGAAUGAUACACAAAAAGAAUUAAUUGAUGAUGAUAAUGAUGAUAAUGAUGAUGAACCAGAUAAAACAGUUGAAUGUAUUUGUUUAUUAGAUUCAUAUACCCUCAAAGUAUUUACAGAAAAAGGUGAAGACUAUGUAACAAGUUUACAAUUUCAAAUAUCAUCAGUGUGGUCAACAAAAUAUGGUAUAUUGCUAGAAAAAUCACAAAUACCAUUAACAACAUCAACAACAACACGUUAUCCAUCAAUGGAUAUAAGUCGUUGGACAUCAACAACAACAACAACAGCAACACCACCACCAGCAACAGCAACAUCAACAUCACAAAUUGAAAAUAAUUUACCAAUAACAUUUUCAUUAACACAUCCACUUGAUGAAAUAUGUCCAUUAUUAAUUAAAAAUGGUGUUAAUAUAAAUUACAUGUGUGAUACAAAUCAACAAAUAAUAUUCACAAAUACAGAACCAUCAUUAGCUGUUAUUUAUGAUAUUAAAAAUGGUCUUCAUUCAGUUUAUAAAAUACGUAAAGCAACAACAGAUGAAAGACAAAUUGUAUGUAAUAAUGAUGAUAUUACAAAUAGUUAUUAUAAUCAAUCAACAGCAGCAUCACCUUUAUAUUUAGCAUCAUCAAGUAAUAAAAGUAGUGCAACUAAAAAAAAUAAUAUAAAUUUAUUUGGUAAUCCAAGAUUAAGUGGUAUUGGUUUUGAUUUACCAAAUACACCAUUUGGUUCACGUGGUACAUCAUAUACAUCAUGUUCUGGUGGUGUACAAUCACCAUCACAACAUCAAACAACUCAUUCACGUUCACAAAGUCCAAUGGCAACAAUAUCAAGAUGUCAAUCACCAACAAAUCCAACAUUUACACCAUUAAUUAGUGGUUCAAUGGGUCCAAUAAUACAUCAAACACGUUUACAUCAAACAGUUAUGGCAACAAUAAUGUGUCAAUCACAAAAUAAUCCAAAUAGUUGUAAUAGUUUUCAUUUUCAAGAUCAACCAAUAACAAAUGGUAAACCAUUAUAUCCAGAAAUAUGUUUAGAUCAUGUAUGGACUGAAAAUUCAAUAAAUAAUAAAGAUAUAUUAAAUGAUAAAGCUAAAAAAGUUUUUUUAACAAGUGAUAUGGUUGGACAAUCAUAUUUAUGUUAUUUAAUAACAAAUAGAACACAAUUAUAUUUAGUUAGAAUUGAAAAAACAAAUAAAAAACAAAAAUUAAUAUUUGGUAUGAUUACAACAAUUAUUGCUAAAGAUGCUGUUACAUUACCAUCAUUAAAUAUGAUUGCAAUAUUGGAUUUAACAAAUAGUGUUACACUUUAUUCUGGUAUUAAUUGUAUUGGAAAAAUUAAUAUAACAAGUAUUUUAUCAACAACAAUUGACAAUAAUAUUAAUUAUUUUAAAACCAGUAGUAAUAAUAAACAUCUUAAUUUAUCACCAUUUCCAAGACGUAGCUCAUUGAUAUCACAAAAUUUUUGUGGACAUGAUAUUAAAUUUGAAGAAGCACUACAUUCAUUGAGUCCAGUUGGUGGUAAUUGUGCACGUGGUUCAAUUCUACUUGAUAAUAAUACAUCAAUUAUUGAUUAUAAUAAUUUAAUUGGUCUUAAAGAUGCUGUUGGUAAUAAAAUAACACUGGAAUAUGGUAAUAAAAUGUUACAAAGAAUAUCAUUACCAUGUAAAAGUACAUCACCACUUGUUACAAAAUGUUUAAAAACAUUAAAAUGUGUAUUACAAAAAGACAUUGCAAUGCAGCUGUUAGUUAAAUGGUAUGGUGCUAGAAAUGCACCUGGACCACAAGAUUUUACACUACAACAAGAAUGGCAUUUAUUUAUGGUAAUAUUGCUGACAUUGUUGGGCUAUGAAGUUGAUAAAUUAUCAAUAAUACGUAAUAAUAAUAAUAACGAUGAUUCUUGUAAUCCAAUCAUAAGUAAAAAACAAAAAACAAAUGAUUCAGGAACACAAGAUGAUUGGUUUGAUAUGUUAAAUAAAAUUGAACAUAAAACAACAUCAAAACAGCUAUCAAAUUGUCUUAAUUUAAUGAAAAAAAAUGACAAUGAUAAUGAUGAAAAUAAUGAUGAAGAUAAUGUUGAUGAUGAUGAUGAUGAUGACACAAAAAAUAAUGGUAAAGUAAGUACACAAGCAAUUUUAUUUCCAUAUUUACCAUUAAUAUUAUUUUCACUUCAUUUACUAUAUGAAGAAUUAAAAUUAAAUUGUGUUAUGUCAGAAAGUUUACCACUAUUAGCACAAUUAUUAUAUCAAUUAAGUAAAGAUUUAAAUUUUAAAUAUUAUAAACAUUAUUAUUUUAUUGAUUAUCCAAAUAAAUGUUUAUUAAAUAAUUCACCAUCACAAAUUAAUAAUAAUGAUUUACAAAAAAUAAUAAUACCAAAUUAUAUACCAAUAAAACCACCAUGUGUUUUUGAAACAAUAAAUAAUUUAUUAAAUUUAAAUAAUAUUAUUAUUCAAUAUCCAUUUUUAAAUAGAGUCAAUAAAAUAAGUAAAAAUAUAAUACAAUUAACAGCAUUAUUAUCAAAUGAGUGUAAUGGUAUUGUUGAUAAUAUUGAUAUGGAAAAAUAUAUAAAGCUAAUAAUACCAGUUGGUAGUCGUGUUGAUUAUAAAGAAAUUGAUUAUGAUAAUGAUAUUCCAAUAAUUGAUAAAUAUGAAAAACCAACAUGUGAAAGAAUAAUAUUAUUAUAUCAUAAAAUGGGAAUGACAAAAAAACAUUUAGAUAUAUUACCACCAGGUAUAUCAUUAUUGCUAAAAGAUGUUAUGCAUCGUUGUCGUGAAUCACCACCAUCAAAUUGGCCAUUUGAAGCAUAUGAAUUAAUUGAUCGUCAAGAUUUAUCAUCAUUAUCAAAUAAUAAUGCAAAUAAUAAUAAUAAUGAUAUAAAUAAAGAUAAAAUUGAAAAUUCAACAAAUUAUAUUGUACGUGAUUCAGAACAAGAUGAUGGUAUGACAUUUGAUGAUACAAUUUUAAAGUUACGUUUUAAUAAAGAUCAUAGAGUAUCAGAAGUACAAAAAUUAUUAAAUUCAUCAAAACCAGUUAGAAUAUCAAUAGUACAAAGACCAGAAGUAUCUGAUCAUGAAUUUAUUGAAGAACAAGAAAGACAUUUACAUGCAUUAUGUUCACGUACAAUGUCAUUACCAGUUGCACGUGGUAUGUUUACAUUACGUACAUCAACACCAAUUGUAACAGAACAAUUACCAAUACCACGUUUAUGUUUAACUGGUAAAGCAGCAUUACGUGGUACAACUGUUGAAUUAUCACAUAUUGAUGUACCACAAAAUAUGAAUUUAUGGCCAUUAUUUCAUAAUGGUGUUGCUGCUGGUUUACGUAUACAUCCAUCAUCAUUAAAUAUUGAUUCAACAUGGAUUGUAUAUAAUAAACAACAACAAGGUGAAUUUGGUAUUGAACAUUCUGGUUUUUUAAUGGCACUUGGUUUAAAUGGACAUUUAAAAAAUUUUUCACCAUUUUCAAUGUAUGAAUAUCUUGUUGAAUGUCAUGAAACAACAAAUGUUGGUUUAUUAUUAGGUUUAUCAGCAACAUAUCGUGGUACAAUGGAUGUAUCAAUGACAAAAUUAUUAUCUCUACAUGUUGAAACAUUAUUACCACCAACAAGUAUUGAAUUAAAUGUACAACAAAAUGUACAAGUUGCUGCAUUAAUGGGUGUUGGUCUUGUUUAUGAAGGUACAGCACAUAGACAUAUAUCACAUGCAUUAUUAUCUGAAAUUGGACGUCCACCAGGACCAGAAAUGAAAAAUUGUAUUGAUAGAGAAUCGUAUUCACUUGCUGCUGGUCUUGCACUUGGUUUAGUUGUACUUGGUCAUGGUGAUGGUAGUGAUUUAACAAAUAUACCAGAUACUCUACAUUAUUAUAUGGUUGGUGGUAAUGUUAGACCAUUUAAUGGUUCACAAAAAGAUAAAUAUAAAUCACCAAGUUAUCAAAUACGUGAAGGUGAUUCAAUAAAUAUUGAUGUUACAAGUCCUGGUGCAACAAUUGCACUUGGUUUAAUGUAUUUUAAUACUGGUAAUACAGCUGUUGCUGAAUGGAUGAAAGCACCACAUACACAAUUUUUACUUGAUUUUGUACGUCCUGAUUUUUUAUUAUUACGUAUAUUAUCAAAAUCAUUAAUAUUAUGGAAUGACAUUGAACCAACAACUAAAUGGGUAUCAUCACAUGUACCAGAUAUUGUAUGGAAAUAUAAAUUACAAAAUCCAAAUCAAGAUAUAACACAAAAUAUUGAUCUUGAAACAAUGAAUCAAGCAUAUUGUAAUAUUAUUGCUGGUGCAUGUAUGGCACUUGGUUUAAAAUAUGCUGGUACUGCUAAUCAUAAUGCAUUUAAAACAUUGUUAAAUUAUACUAAAAAAUUUUUAGGUUUACUAAAUAAAACAAUUGGUGAACUUGCUGGUAAAUCAACAAUUGAAACAUGUUUAAAUGUAACACUAUUAUCAGCAUCAGUUGUUAUGUCUGGUACUGGUAAUUUAGAUAUUAUGAGAAUAUGUCGUCAAAUUAGAACAAGAAUUGGACCAACAAGUUCUGUUGUAACAUACGGAUCACAUUUAGCAACACAUAUGGCUAUUGGUUUAUUAUUUAUUGGUGGUGGUAGAUAUACAUUAUCAAAUAGUCCAAGUUCAGUUGCUGCAUUAAUAAUAUCUCUAUUUCCAAAAUUUCCAACACACAGUAAUGAUAAUAGAUAUCAUUUACAAGCAUUACGUCAUCUUUAUGUACUUGCUGCUAAACCAAGAUUAAUAUUACCAAAAGAUAUUGAUACAAAUAUUAAUUGUUAUGCAAGUAUUAAAUUAACAUUUAAAAAUGAUAAAUUAACAAAUGGACAAGAUAUUGUAUUGAGAGCACCAUGUUUAUUACCAGAAAUUGAUAGUUUAGAAAAAGUUGAAUUGAUUGAUGAUAGAUAUUGGAAUAUUAUAUUUCAAAGAGGACAUAAUUGGAAUUUACUUAAGGAUAUGUUAAAUAAUUGUCAUUCAUUGUAUGUCAAACAAAAAGCUGGAUGUUUAUCAUACAUUGAAGAUCCACAUGGUUUUAGAAGUCUCAUUGCGCAAACAUUAACAACUGAAAAUCUCAUACCAUGGGCAGCAAGACAAGAGUAUGUAACAUCAUUUACAAAUGAUAAAACUGUAUUAAAUAUUGUUAAAUAUUUUUUACAAAAACAAAAUAAUUGUAUUGUUAAUAAAUAUAAGGUGUCAUCAAGUAAUCCAUUAUUUGAAUCAACGACAUAUGAAAAAAUGGAAAUUAAUGAUGAUAUUAAUGAUAAACAAACAAGUCAUUAUUCUGAUGUUGAAAAUAAUGAAAAAUUUUUUUUACAAACAUUAGCAAUUAUUGUUUAUGAAUGUGUUAUUAAAGAUAAAGUUAGUUUAUUACCACUUUGGGUUAAUUUAUAUAAAAUUAUUGAAAUGAUUGAUACAUCAUCAACAAGUUAUUUAAUUUGGCAAAUUAAAUUAAUUUAUUCAUUAAUUAUUAAUAAUAAAUUUCAAGAAAAACAUAAUAUAUUGCUGAGUGUUGAGAGUAUAUUGGCUAUUAAAAAAAGAGUUGAGCUUAUCAUUGACAAUUGGGAAAAUGAAUUAAAAGAUGUCAUACAAAAAUAUUUGACGACUGGUGAAAUUGAUGCUGAGCCGGAGAUGUUAAAAAAAUUUACAUCAUAUUGUACUUAUUAUGAUAUACCAUAUUUACAAGGUGGUGAAUUAAUUAAUGUUAAUCCAUUUGUCAAUAAUCAACCUGCUGUACCAGACAUUGUUCUUUUCAUUCUUUUUAAACUUCAAAAUAACAUUUGUUAAUUUAAUUUUUUUUUUUAAACAAAUCAAAAAAAAUAAAUAAUUAUUUAAAUAUAUAUUUAUAGAAAA